CUCCGGCAGUAUCAACUGGAGGGAAUCGCUUGGUUACGUUUUCUACAUACACUCAGACUGAACGGCGCUCUGUGCGAUUCUAUGGGACUUGGGAAAACACUACAGGCUUUGAUUUGCGUUGCCAUUUCUCACGACGUAGUCCACCAUGCCGCACCAGAUAGCAAACCAGUCUCCAUCGUUGUCUGUCCUUCUACUCUGGUUCGACACUGGAUCGCUGAAAUCAACAGAUUUUUCAAAAGCGACGAUCCGGUUUUCUUUCCUCUCGAGCUUUCUGGUAGUAGCACGAGUCGUCGAGCAGUAUGGGAAAAGGGCUUAGUAUUUUGCAACAUAAUUGUUACAAGCUAUUCUGUUCUACGGAGCGAUAUACGAAUGCUUGCAUCGCAAAGCUAUCACUAUUGUGUGCUCGAUGAGGGCCACCUCCUCAAAAAUCCAAAGACAGAGACGGCGAAGGCGUCUCGUCAGCUGCGGUCGAAGCACCGUCUCCUUUUGUCAGGAACGCCGGUGCAGAAUCAUGUUCAUGAACUGUGGGCUGUAUUUGACUUCUUAAUGCCAAAUUUUUUGGGAUCCUCGGUAUUUUUCUCAGAAAAGUAUGCCAGAACUAUAUCGAAAGGACAAGCUCCUGGCGCAUCUGUGAGAGAGAUCAGCGAAGGAAUAGAAAAGUUGAAGACGUUACAUCAGCAAGUACUACCGUUCAUACUCCGGAGAGAGAAACAACAAGUUCUUAGAGAAUUACCAUCAAAAUUAGUCACUCAGAUUGAAGUUCCCAUGAGUGAUCUGCAGCGAAGGCUCUACACUGAUUUCUGCUCGUUUGCAGAUGUCCAACAGUCACUCCGGGCUCUAGAUCGCGCUGCGAAGGACGAUCUCGGCGAUAGAUGCCUGGAGCAGGCAGGGCGUAGCUCGCUACAGGCCCUUUUGUUUUUAAGACUUCUCUCAACUCACCCAUGGCUUGUCAGAUCCGCCAUACCAGUCGCCUCGGAAAUCAGCGACAACGAUUGGCUUCGUUUUGAUACCUCCGGUAAAAUCAGAGCGUUGGCUGACUUACUCCGAGAGCUUAGUAUUUUCACCGACGACUUAAGCGCUGCCGAUAACGAUUCGUCACUUUUGUACUGCGAGGACGACCAUACAAAGUGCUUGAUCUUCGCUCAGUUCAUUCAAAGUCUUGAUGUUGUGGAAAAGCUUUUAUUCAAGCCUCACAUACCAUCGCUGAAAUAUCUUCGAUUGGAUGGAAGAGUUCCUGCCAGAAGACGCUAUGCCAUUGCCGAAGAGUUCAACCGUAACGAUGAGAUCAAGGUUUUGCUGCUAACAACAAGGGUCGGUGGUCUUGGACUAAACUUAACAGGAGCGGACACUGUAAUUUUUCUCGAACAUGACUUUAAUCCUUUUGCUGAUCUUCAAGCAAUGGACCGGGUCCACAGAAUUGGCCAAAAGAAGGCUGUAUGCGUUUACCGGUUAGUUCUGGUCGACUCAAUUGACCAGAGAAUUAUGAAGUUACAAGAAAAGAAGUUGGCUAUGAGCGAGGCGAUAGUGAACGCCGACAAUUCUACUAUGUUCAGCAUGGGGACUGAUCGAUUGCUUGACAUUUUCACGAUGAGAAGCGACCAAGAG